AUGGUAAAGUGUGCCAUGAAAUUUUGUGUAAAUCUAGAUGAACUCUCUUUGUGGUACAAUAAAUUAAAGAUAACUUAUAAAGUUGGUUUGGAGGAGAUUGAAAUACUUCCUCUGAGUAAAGGAAAAAAGUACAACUUGGGUUUGCUUAUGAUUAAAGAGGGAAAUUACAGUGUUCUCCAUCCCCCUUCAAAAGAACCCAGGAGAAUAAGACAAAAAGUCUUUGUUAACAUGCUAUAUUCUUGUUCUGUUUUAAUGCCUUAUGUAGAUAAGUUUGAAUUACUUCUUUCUUGGAAUAAGUAA